GCUGCAUCUCCCUCGUUACUUCUUCCACACCCUCGAGCAGUAGACGACUUGGAGACAUCCCGUGCAAUUGUCCAUGAUCCUACCGCAGUAUCCUUAGUCCCCCACACAUCCGAUCGCAUCCGUUCGACCCCCCACCACCUGCUGCGCACUCCCGAGCACUGCCAGCCCUAUACCCGGGCAUCACCUCCCGACAUACCCAGCACCCGCACCUCAUCCUCCUCCCCUCCUCCCUCCUCCACACCGCCCCAAUGGCCGUCCUAUCCAAGAGCGAAGUCCCGCCAUGGGGCCUCGCAAUCGCCGGCUCCACCGGCGCCGUGCUGGCCAACGCGCUCGUCUACCCAUUGGACAUGGUCAAGACCCGGCUGCAAGUGCAAGUGAAGCGAAAGGCCGACGACACCAGCCCGCACCCGGACCGACACUACACCGGCACCCUGCAUGCCAUCCAGACCGUGCUGGCCGACGAGGGCGUCGAGGGCCUCUACUCGGGCAUCAUGGGCUCGCUGCUCGGCGUCGCCAGCACCAACUUUGCCUACUUCUUUUGGUACAGCACGGUGCGUCAGCUGUACUUUGACAAGGUGCAGAAGUCGAUGAAGAACCCCUCGACGGCGGUGGAGUUGUCGCUGGGCGCGAUUGCGGGCGCGCUGGCGCAGCUUUUCACCAUUCCCAUUGCCGUGAUCACGACGAGGCAGCAGACGCAGCCCCGGGGCGAGGGCAAGGGCAUGUUGGCGACUGCGAAGGAGGUCAUCGAUGGCCCGGACGGCAUCACGGGGCUGUGGAGGGGACUUAAGGCGAGCUUGGUGUUGGUGGUCAACCCGGCCAUUACGUACGGGGCUUAUCAGCGCCUGAAAGAGCUGAUGUUCCCCACCAAGGUCAACUUGAGACCGCACGAGGCUUUCCUCCUCGGCGCGAUGUCCAAGGGACUGGCAACGCUAGCCACGCAACCCCUCAUUGUCGCCAAAGUCGGCCUCCAAUCCCGCCCCCCACCCAGCCGCAAGGGCAAACCCUUCAAAUCCUUCUUCGAAGUCAUGGAGCACAUUGUGGAGCACGAGGGCCCGCUCGGUCUGUUCAAAGGCAUUGCGCCGCAGCUCAUCAAGGGCUUCCUGGUGCAGGGCAUCCUGAUGAUGACCAAGGAGCGCAUGGAGAUUGCCUUUAUCCUACUGUUCAGAUAUAUGCGCAAGUUGCGACGCGAGCAACUCGACAAGUUGGCGAAGAUUGCGGCGGAGAAGGCAGGCGAGGCCAGCUCGAAGGUACAGGCAGCGGUGAAGGCUUAGAUGUUGGCGAGGAUGGUCGUGUUUAGCUAGCUGGAGAAGCACGCGCCUGCAUGCUUGCACAUGGCGCUUUGGCGAGUGGAGUGCUUCCCGGACAGCGCGAGUGACGAACAUAGUCAUAUGAUAUACCGCGUGCGACUUGGGGGUAUUUGAUCUUGGGUACAACAUAUUGAAUCUGGUUGA